GCUUGGCAUAGUCCCAUGGUAAAGGCAGUUAUCGUCACCCCCAGUAACUGGGAAUAUAAAACAUUCUUACCUUCCUCCAUGUCAUUACGGGCUGCUGCCUCCAGGAGGGUGACGUUUUGGGGAAACAUUAUGCGUCGUUCCUCUUUGCUUCCCUGAUUUUUAUGCCCCCCUUUUGAUUUCUUGUUUUGCCAGUCCUUUUCAAACUGUGCCCAUUUCUUCAGCUGCUGUGCCCGCCGUUUCUGAGCGUGCUUUAACCUCUCCUGCGUGGUCAUCCGGCUCACCGCUGGCAUCUCCGACAGAAGCUCCAGGUGGUCUGCCAUUGCCAGCAACGGGAGCCCUGGGGUACACACACAGUGCACAAUAGGAAGGGAUCACAAAAAUACAAUAUCAAGGGUAAUGCAGGACCCGCUGCGGGUGGACGGGCAUGAAACCCACGAGAGUGCAGCCUGGAAGAUAUGUGGGUGAUACUGUGGGCAUCUGCAUGGCACCAGAAGUGUCAGAAUGUCAAGCAAUACAGAGCUAGUAGUUAAUCCGUGUUAUGUCCGAUGCAUGAUGCCACAUUCCCAAGUACAAAUCCUCCUCAUGUUUCCAGGGUUAACAUCCCGAUUCCCAGUAAAACCUCUCUGUGCCUGAACACAGCGCCACUGGGCACACCAUCCCUCGACACAGGGCGAGCAUGUGCCAGUCAGAACUGGGGUACACUGACUCUUCUAUGGGGGUGAAGGACAAUCCCUGGAGCACAGCUGGUUAUCACUCAGUAAGAGCUGAUCCAUCACCCAGAAGAGGUGGUACCUAAAGUAAACUGUGGGUGUGAUGGACCCAGCUCACACUCCAUGAUUACUCACAGGAAGCAGAUCUUGAUAGAUGGCUGUCCUAUGCCAGAAUAUCCAAGCAGAGACCCAGGAGCUGAAUAUGGGGUGAAUACUAGUAAUGGGGGAGUGGGCACUCAGCUCAAGAGCAGGAGUGGGGGAGUGGGCACUCAGCUCAGGGGCAGCAGUGGGGGAGUGGGCACUCAGCUCAGGGGCAGCAGUGGGGGAGUGGGCACUCAGUCCAGGGGCAGCAGUGGGGGAGUGGGCACUCAGCUCAGGGGCAGGAGUGGGCAAUCAGCUCAGGGGCAGCAGUGGGGGAGUGGGCACUCAGUCCAGGGGCAGCAGUGGGAGAGUGGGCACUCAACUCAGGGGUAGCAGUGGGGGAGUAGGCAAUCAGCUCAGGGGCAGCAGUGCGGGAGUGGGCACUCACUCAGUCCAGGGGGCAGCAGUGGGAGUGGGCACUCAGUCCAGGGGCAGCAGUGGGGGAGUGGGCAAUCAGCUCAGGGGCAGCAGUGGGGGAGUGGGCACUCAGUAUAAUGGAGGAUACUCGCUCUCUCCCUGGAUCAGAUUCUCCUCUGGUGACACUUGGAAACCUGAACCGCUUC